UACUGCAUGACCUGUUCUGUCCUUUUGACCUGCAGAGUGCAGUCAUGGCGCGCUGCAGAGGGUGCAGACUGGCAACAGUUCAGGCUAUUUAAACCCCUGCUUGCUGAUACAUUCAUUUGCGGACGAGGACCGUAUUUCACUGCUGUAAUAUCCCUAAAUCUGUCGAGUGACUGCUUCAUUAUUUCAUGUGAUUUUUCACCCAGACCGGGACCAUCAUCAGGGCAAGUCGACAACAUGAUAAUCGAAACAGUAAUUGAACCUAUGACAGGUCAUUCAACGCCACAGCCUGGUCCCCUUGCUAGGGGCAUAUAUGCUCUCAUCCUCGUCCUUUUUGAAGUGCUUAUUCAAACAGUUGCAUUUGCUGGCAGACAUUUCAACACAACUAAGCAGUUCCCCAUCUCGACCGCCACGCUCGUUCUCUCGGUGGAGCUGACAAAAUUCGCACUUUGUUACCUGGCAUUCUGCGUUCAGCACAGACGACUGCGUUUCAUGCCGUCACCAGUGUUUCUCCUUCCUGCAGUUUUCUUUGUCACCGCUAACAACCUCUUCUUCCAUUGUCUCAACUACAUUCCCCCGCCCACUUGGAACGUUCUUCUUCAAUCACGCUUGGUGUUUGCUGCAUUAGCUAGUUAUGUUAUCGUUGGGAGGCCUUUGGGAAGAUGGAAAUGGCUGGCGAUGAUAACUUUUUUGCUAGCAGCAACAUUAGCAGUAUUAUUAUACCCUGAAGUUGGGAGAUUCAAGCCUGCGUAUGAAAAGGAUAAGAAAGAUGAUACUGCGAGGAGUCUGUGGUGGGUUAUUGCAGCGGUCUUUGGUGUCACUUGUUCUGCUUUCUCUCAUGACAGCGCCGAGUACGUCAGUAAACUUUGUAGUCGACCAAUUACAGAGAAAUACAUUCAGCUCUAUUUCUUCAGUACAGUUCUCGCUGUCACGUGGGCAGAGCUCAAAACCAAUGGCAACCUGUUGCUGAUGGAUAUGAAGAUGUUUUUCCCGUUGGAUUUCUACCUGAGUAUCUUAAACUUAAUCGUGGGUACGUUGUGUGGUCUUGCUGUCACGUCCAUCUCCACGAGUAGACUCUCCUCCCUUGCCGAUGAGGCUUCCUUCAUCACAGCCUGGAUUUCUCCUCUUCUCUUCCUUGCUUCCACACUUGCCUGUUGGUUAGUGUUCCCCAAGCAGCAAGGCUACCCGUACGCUGUUACGGCGUUAAUAUUCGUGUUCAUGGGGAUAGCAUCAUUUUUAUUUUCCAUUCACACUUCGCCACUAUCGCAGGAACAGCGUAGGGUAGGCCUACCCAUAGGGCAGGAAGCAUGACAUGUCCUCUGUUUUUAAAGACUAUGUAUGAUGGUUUCUUGUGGUCUUAUAUAAGACCAGUCAUCAGCAAUUUUUUUUAAUAUGAAAUAUGCACUUCACUGAAUACGUAAAAAAUGCAUCACAAUAUUUUAUCCCCCCCCCAGAAAAAAUGCGAGCAGGUGUGUCCUCAGCAUACAUGGUAAAAGCAAGCCAAGGAGAUUCGCAAGUUGUAAACCCAGUGUGCUUAUGAAUAGGCCUACCUUUAAGUGUGUCAUUCGUUCACAGAGUCUGCAUCUAACAUGUUACUGAC